GUUUUUGCAUUUCCCGGGGCAAGGACAAACACACCCAUGCACACACAUUGAUUGUCUCUCUCUCUCUCUCUCUUGAAAGUUGAGAACUUGAAACAAACCCACUCUGGUCUUCCCUCAGCUUUAGGGUUUACAUUUUUCUUCAUUUUUUUUUAUUUUGUAAAUUCUUGUUUGGGGUCUUUCAUUGGUUCCUUUCUUUGCCUUCUGGAGACCCUGAUCUUGCUUUUCUCUCAAGAAAAGUUAAAAGUACAAUUUUUUCUUUUUGGGUUUGCCUUGAAUUGAAGAAGGAAUCGCCUGAAUCCUCAAAAUGUUUGCUUCUUUUCUCCCUACUUGAUUUAGGGUUCCGCUUUUUCUCUUUUCUUUUGCUUGUUGAAGGGUUUGUUCUCUUAUCUCUGUCUUCCUGUUGUCUUCCUCUUGGUUUGCAUUGUCACAUAAAAAUUAGCUUGCUUUUCCUUCUGGGUUUUUGUUUUCCUUUCUUCUUUUCUCUCCGAUUUCUUCUCUUUAAAGCAUGUUUUCUAACCAAAUUUCCUAUAGAAAUACCCAAAAUGUUAACUUUAAGAAGAACCCAUUUCUCCAGUUUCGCCUAAAACUGCUUCCGUCCGUGCCAUCCCUUCAUUUCACAUUCGGUUUCUUUUAGGCCUUUUAACAAACACUUAAGCUACACUUUGAAAAAAAUUUCCCUUUCUUUGUUUUUUUUUUUUAUUCUGGGUAACUUUCCGUUUUGAAAUCAUGGGUUGUGUUCAUGGAAAGUGUUGUAGUAAAUACCCAUCAUCAUCUGAUGGUGAUUCAGGUCACCAUAGAGAAAUGAGGCCUUACAUUAACAAACACAUUCUUACACAAAGGUCAUUGGAGUUAGUUCCUGUUCCAUCUCACAACUUUAAUUUGCAGUACUCAAUCUUAACUCAGCAUGGUUAUUAUCCAGACACAGUUGAGAGGGAAAACCAAGAUAGUUUCUGUGUGAAAACACAGGUUCAAGGUAACCCAAAUGUUCAUUUCUUUGGUGUAUUUGAUGGUCAUGGUCAAUAUGGUGAUCAAUGUUCAAACUUUGUCAAGGAUAGACUUGUGGAGAUAUUAUCUAAUGAUCCCACAUUGUUGGAUGAUCCUUUAAAAGCUUAUACUUCAGCAUUUUUAGCUACAAAUUCUGAGUUACAUGACAGUGAGAUUGAUGAUACUAUGAGUGGUACCACGGCGAUAACUGUCCUUGUUGUUGGAGAUACUCUUUAUGUUGCUAAUGUGGGUGAUUCAAGAGCUGUGAUUGCUCGUAAGGAUGGAAAUCAAAUUUUGGCUGAGGAUUUAUCCCUGGAUCAAACACCAUUUAGGAAAGAUGAAUAUGAUAGGGUGAAGCUUUGUGGGGCCAGGGUUUUGAGUGUUGAUCAAGUGGAAGGUCUUAAAGACCCUAAUAUUCAAAAUUGGGGUGAUGAAGAAAGUCAAGGUGGUGAUCCUCCAAGGUUGUGGGUUCCGAAUGGGAUGUAUCCGGGUACUGCAUUUACAAGGAGUGUAGGAGAUAGUACAGCAGAGAAGAUUGGUGUGAUUGCUGCUCCGGAGGUGUCAAUUGUUCGGCUUACCCCCGAUCAUCAAUUCUUUGUUGUCGCAAGUGAUGGAGUUUUCGAGUUUCUCCCUAGCCAAACUGUUGUCAACAUGGCAGCAGCAUACACAGAUCCCCGGGAUGCAUGUGCUGCAAUUGCUGGAGAAUCCUACAAACUAUGGUUGGAGAAUGAAAAUCGGACUGAUGAUAUCACAAUCAUCAUUGUACAGAUUAAAGACUUGUCUAAUAUGGGUGCUGGUGCCACAGAUAGUGGAAUAGAUUACAGGCCAAUGAUUAUGAGGUCAGUCAAGGGAACUCAUGAUGUGUCCAGUGUCUCUGAGUCAGAAACCUAUGCUUCAGUAAGAAGUGGUUUGUCAGAUAUACAGCAGUCUUGCCAACAUAGUAUUUCAAUGAAUCGAAGUGCAGCUAUUGUUGUUCCAUCACCAAUGCAUCAGAGGCCUUUGCAAUUGGUUGGUCACUCAAGCUAUGGAUGUGGGUUAGCUUAAGGAACCAAAGGGAAAUUGUUUUUUCCACACACAAGAUUCACAUGGUGAAUGAUCUCAAGGCCCUAUGACAUUUUGCUAAUGUUGCUGAUAACAUGGUAGUUAACCCCAUGAUAUUUGUUGAAGAAAAGUGCUCUCCUUCCGCCUGUAAUCUUGCACCUGGUUAUCCGAACAUGUAGAGAAAAGAUCCAUUUUGGAGAGAUUCAGGAAAUUCUGUUGGCAAGUUCAGAGUUGAUGAUCACAAGAUGAUGGAAAGGGGAUUAAGAAGUAUGGUCUUUUUGAUGUCAAGUUCUUCAAGGAAGAACCUCCCCUAGUUUAUUGCCUCUAAAGCAUAACCAUAAGGAGAUAGAUCUCAAUUGUUUCCAGCACUGCUGGGAUGAUGGGUGAGGCAGAGAUAUACCUUGAUUGCUAACUGCCCACGAUGGAUUCUGUAAAUUUCUUGUGAGAUAUCAAUUUGAAUGACUUUAAUGGUACAGAAGCUGCUUAAUGAUAAAUUAACAGGUUUUAUGAUCUA